AUGGAGAUCGCAGAAGGCACAAGGAAACGAAGCCGCUCAAUCGGCGGAAGCUCGGGUGGCGGCGACCUGGACCGGCUGAGCGCCCUACCGGACUGUCUCCUCCACGUCAUCCUGUCCUCCCUCAGGGCCCGACAGGUGGUGCAGACGUGCGUGCUGUCCACACGCUGGAGGCACCUCUGGCGCUCCGUGCCGUGCCUGGACGUCGACAUCGUCGAGUUCAGGCGCUCCGGCGGCGGCGGCGGAGGAGGCGACAGCAGCUCAUCCGACUCCGACGAUGACAGCUCCGACUCCGACAUCGACACCGACUCCGACUCCAACUACGACUCGGGGUACAGCCGGAGCAAGGGCAAAGGGUGGGACGAAUUCGAGGACUUCGCCGUCAACCUCAUGCUCCGUUCCAACAUCGCGCUGCUGGAUUCCUUCAGGCUUGACAUCGAUCGGGGCAGGAAACCUCAGUUCAAUCGCUGGUCCGAUGGUGCAUCACACGGCAGCUGGACAUACAGUGGCCGACAAUGA